AUGGACGCCUAUUACACCCCUGCCGACUCGAGCGAAAUCGAAUCCUUGAAAUGGUGCUUGAUGGGGUCUGUCUUCCUUAGCAUGAAGGUAAUUACCAAGAUAGCUACGAAGAGGCUAUGGCUGAUAUCAGAUCGAGCCUUUUACGAGGAAUAUGCACCAACGCCGGUGUUUGACGACAUACCGAACGAGUUGGAGCCGUCCUUGACUUUGGAAGAUUGGAAGUACCUGCAGUCUAUAUGCCACUUUGAUCUCGGAUUUGGAGAGGACGUGCAGAUGUAA